UAUAUCAAAACAUAUAUAUUUGUCUCCCUCCCUUAAUAUUUAUUGGGAUGUCAUUUGACCAAUGAGCGACAAGCAUGUUUCGCGCCAUUUUAAAGAACUUCUUGAACUAUAAUUAUGUAAAAAUUCGGUGGUUAAAAAAAGGAAGCUCUCUUUUCCCGAAUAUCCUGUAUGUAAAAGUUAAUAGUUAUGUGAAGUGAAUACAAGUUAUCCAGGACUCUGCAGAUAUCACAAUGAAGAUUAUAACGAGUAUCACGGUUUUAUCGCUGCUCGGUGUCGUAUUUGGCGCUCCUAUAUCUAUUGAUAAAGAUGAUGAAAAAAUUUUGAUUACUAAGAGCAUGUUCCCGAAAGAAUUCAUCAAAUACAAGGCCGAACAUGAAAUCGUUAAUUUACUUGUGCCUACAAAUAGCCUUAACCUCAAUGCAGACGGAUCAUCAGAGUCUAGUUCGGAAGAAACUGAAAGAGAAGUAUUUGUAUUUUUUGUAGAAGCUGAUAUUAAUUCUAAUGGUGAUCGAGUAGAUCAAGGUCUGUAUGUACUUAAGGAAGGUAAGGCAACUAAGCUCUUGGAUCAUGGUAGAGACGCGGCUGCAUCCUACGAUGACAGCAAAUUAGUCUUCUUCGGGGCUAAAGACGGAAUUUAUGUUUACAAUAAAGAAAAUAAUUCUGCUGACAAAUAUGGUACUGUCGAUGAUAGUAUUAUAGGUAUUGCCAAAGAAAAAACUGGCGAUGUAAUCUAUAUACUGACUGAGAAUCAUGAAUUGUUCAAAGUAUCAAACGGUGGAACGACAAAAGAGAAAUUAGAUGACGUGGUUAACGCAAAACAAAUUGUCCUCGAUUCUUCUAACAACAUUUACUUUUACUCGGAUGAUAAGCAAGCGUAUGUCCGCACAUCUGAUGGUAUUAAGAAAAUAGAAGGACUUCCAGAAAAUCCAAGCAGUGUAACGCUUAUCAAGCCACCUUUCAUAUUGGAAAAUGGAGUCCCUGUUAUUGUCGACAACGUCGUUUAUAUUAUCUAUGCUAAUGGUAAAAGUCAACAGCAUACAUUUGAAUUUAAAUCUGACGCUAAGCCUUCAGCAUUUGCCCCGGAAGCAACGUUGCUCCAGUACUAUGCUUAUGAUAAGAAUAUUUAUGAAUACAAAAUCAUUUCUAUAACUAUGGGUUCAAUGUUAGAAGAAUUGAAGAGUUACUUGAAGAAAAGCCUAGAUUAUAUUCAAUCACUCUCAAUGAAGAAUAGAAAUAACCAAUAAUGUGUCUAAAUUGUUAUAACUAAAAUUACAAUUGUCAUUGAAAUAUAUGAAAUAAUAAAAAAAU